AACUUUGUUCUUAUCCUCUCUCUCUCUCUCUUUCUCUCACUGUGUAUAUAUAUAUAUAUAUAUCAAUGACAGAGACCACACACAGAAACCCUAAAAAUGGUGAACAUCGUUACACUGCAGAAGUCCCUUGUCCAAAUCCUCAUGAAGUUCAACGGAGUUGAACCCAAAAAGGUGGAGAUCGAGCCAGGAACCGUCAUGAACUUCUGGGCCCCCGCCAAACAAAAAAAUGAAGAAACCCAGAAGCCGAAUGUGGUUCUUGUUCAUGGCUUCGGUGUGGAUGGGAUACUAACGUGGAUGUUCCAAGUUCUUGCUCUCAAAAGCCAUUAUUCAGUCUACGUGCCGGACCUCCUCUUCUUCGGGGACUCCGCCACCGCCGCCGGGAACAGGUCGCCGAGGUUCCAGGCGGAGUGUCUGGCAACUGGGUUGAGGAAGCUUGGGGUGGAGAGGUGUGUGGUGGUGGGGUUGAGCUACGGAGGCAUGAUUGGGUUCAAGAUGGCUGAACUGUACCCAGAUUUGGUGGAGUCAAUGGUGGUGAGCGGGUCGGUGGAGGCCUUGACGGAGUCGCUCAGCAAUCGGAGGCUGAAGAGGCUAGGGUUCCGGCGGUGGUCGGAGUGUUUGAUGCCGACCACUGUGGAAGGCGUGAAGGAGAUGUUCAGAGUCGGUACUCACUGGUUACCGCCAUGGAUUCCCAAUUGGAUUUUCAAGGACUAUCUUGAGGUGAUGUUCAGCCACAGAAAGGAGAGAGAAGAACUUCUGGAAGCUUUGGUCAUCAGGGACGAGGACUUCACACCGUACCACUACCACCAGAGGAUAUAUCUGCUAUGGGGCGAUGGUGACAAGCUUUUUGACUUGGAAGUGGCACACAACUUGAAAGAACAAUUGGGAGAGAAAGCGAAACUGCAAUACAUAGAGAAGGCAGGCCACCUAGCUCAAUCAGAGAGGCCUUGUGUAUACAACGCGCACCUCAAGCAGAUUCUAGCCUCUUUAACAACAGAUAAGCAGUUGUAAUAACAAUUCAUAAUGCACUGGGAUUUUGUAUCAUCACUAUUCACUAUAUCUCUGUUUUGAGUUGUACUUUUUAUAUCCAUUUUUAUUAAGUUCUUCCUAUCAUCAAUCAAAAGGUGUCAGAAGCAUAUUUUUAA